CCUGACGAUGGCGACAUCAUCAAGAUGCAACAAGGCCACGCUGCUCAUGGCGUUCGCCGUGGCUGCUGUGCUGAGCACGGCGUCGCGGGCACAGCCGCCGCUGCAGUACAACUUCUACGGCAGCUCGUGCCCGCAAGCUGAGGCCACGGUGCGCAACGUCACCGAGGGGAUCAUCGCCAAGGACCGCACCAUGGGCGCCGCCUUCAUGCGCCUCUUCUUCCACGACUACUUUGUCAGGGGCUGCGACGCGUCCAUUCUGCUCGACCCGACCAGCAGCAACCCGCAGGUGGAGAAGAAGGCGAUCGCGCUCCGCGGCUACGACGCCGUGAACAAGAUCAAGGCCGCCGUGGAGUCCGUCUGCCCCGGCGUGGUCUCCUGCGCCGACAUCCUCGCCUUCGCGGCGCGCGACACGGCUGUCGUCUCCGGCGGCUUCGCCACCUUCGACAUGCCCUCCGGCCGCCGCGACGGGGUGGUCUCCAACUUCAUCGAGGUGCUCCAGAACAUCCCGUCCCCGAUCCUCAAGCUCCCGGACCUCAUCAAAAACUUCGCCGCCAAGGGCCUCAGCGUCGACGACCUCGUCACGCUCUCCGCCGCGCACUCCUUCGGCCAGGCGCACUGCUCCUUCUUCAACGGCCGGCUGUACCCCACAGUGGACCCAACCAUGGAUGCCACCUUCGCCGCCGCUCUGAAGACGGUGUGCCCGCCGCCGGGCAGCGGCGGCGGUGACCCGGUGGUGAACAACAACCGCGUGACGGACCCCAACGCGCUGAGCAACCAGUACUACAGCAACCUGGUGACCGGGCAGGUGCUCUUCGUGUCGGACCAGCAGCUCAUGAGCAGCAACUACACGGCGGCCAAGGCGGCCAACAACUCCGCCAACGCUACCGCGUGGAUGGGGCAGUUCGCGGCGGCACUGGUGAAGAUGGGCGGCAUCCAGGUGCUCACCGGGACGGCCGGCCAGGUCAGGAAGUACUGCAAUGUCGUCAAAAGCUAGCUGAUUGAGCCGGAAACCGAGCUUCUACAAUCAUAUACAACUCGUACACUGCAAACCGGUAGCAACGUACUGUAUUACUUUAUUUUUUUUAGAGAAGAACUGUAUUACUUCAUCAUCAUUCCUUAAAGAAGGAACAUUCUUUUCUUUAUCUCCUCGAUUGACUUCCUUUUCUAUGUAAAUUUGCCAAUAGUCUAGUUAAUUUAUAUAGAGUAAAGUGUAUCAGAGGUUC